UCAUAUCCUCCUCCCCCGAAACCCUACCUCUCCCUUCGUCUCCCCCAAUUCCACGACCUCCUCCUCCUUGUUCGCCCAAUCGCCUCUGGAGCCCGCGCGAGGGAAGAUCGAGAUGUUCUCGCCGGAGUUCUACGCCGCCUCCGCCGCCGCAGGCGCCCUCAGCUGCGGCCUUACACACACCGCCAUCACACCGCUCGACGUCAUCAAGUGCAACAUGCAGAUUGAUCCAGCAAAGUACAAAAAUACAAUGUCUGGCUUCAAGAUCGUGCUCAAAGAGCAAGGACUCAGAGGCUUCUUCAGGGGCUGGGCUCCAACCCUGCUCGGUUACAGUGCACAAGGCAGCUGCAAAUUCGGUUUCUAUGAUUUCUUCAAGAAGUACUAUUCCGACAUUGCCGGUCCAGAGUACGCAUCCAAGUACAAGACACUGAUCUACCUUGCGGGAUCUGCUUCUGCAGAGGUGAUCGCUGAUGUGGCGCUCUGCCCGAUGGAGGCCGUGAAGGUGAGGAUCCAAACACAGCCAGGCUUUGCCAGAGGGUUGAUGGAUGGGCUCCCGAAGAUCGUUCAAUCUGAAGGGAUCAAAGGGCUGUAUAAAGGGCUUGGUCCUCUCUGGGGUCGUCAGAUUCCGUAUAAUAUGAUGAAAUUCGCAUCGUUCGAGAAUAUCGUAGAGCUAAUGUACAAGGAUAUUAUCCAAAAACCAAAAGACCAAUGCAGCAAACCUUUCCAGCUUGCUGUGAGCUUUGGAGGCGGCUACAUCGCUGGAGUCCUUUGCGCCGUCAUUUCUCACCCAGCUGACAACCUUGUCUCAUUUCUCAACAAUUCAAAGGGGGCCACCGUCGGAGAUGCCGUGAAGAAGCUUGGAUUACGGGGUCUUCUUACUCGCGGUCUACCUCUGAGGAUUGCUAUGGUUGGUACUUUGACCGGAGCACAAUGGGGCAUCUAUGAUUCCUUCAAAGUCUUCGUCGGCCUACCAACAACUGGUGGAGUUGCACAUGAAGCUGCUUCUGUCGACCCCAACCUUUUAGUCCAUUGAUGAGCAUCUCGGGUUUGAUCACCAGGUGCUUAGCUUUGCGAAAGGUGGCAACUUUGAUCCUCCUCUCUGUUUCAGAAACACAAGCAAGCUUUUUGCUGUAGAAACUUUUGCUCCUACUGUGUUCUUGAUUAAAAAAGGAACUCUUCGGCAAAUUUUCUGUGAGAUACCAAUAUUUGUUGCUACCAAUCGGGACAACUACUUCAUCGGUACCCCGGGUCCGGGCAAUAAUUCCUGGCUCUUCACGCAGCUCAAAUCCACUGCGCAGGAUAGAGCUGCUCCUUUGAUCCUUUGACUUCCACGUGUUCACCACCCUUCACACGUCUCAGUCAACAAAAACACACUUUCCAGAAACAUGUGGGCCCAUCGCUUUCCUUCCCCAUUUCGCGCAAUGCUAAAUACCGAGUAUAUUACUGAACUCCCAAUUAAUCUCUGCCGCCCACGACAGACACGGCUCCAAUCCACUCCGUUAAAAAAAUAUGUAUACUACGGCCUCAUCCUAUACGAAGUUGCAGGGCAUCCCCCAUCCACUCUCCGCUCACUCUCUCUCUCUCUCUCUCUCUCUCUCUCUCUC